AUGGGGAGAAGAGCGGGAGGACGGAAGUGUGCAAGGGUUCAGGGACCGUACAAGGGCGUCACUUUUUACAAGCGCACGGGUAAAUGGGAAGCUAACCUUUGGUUUGAGAAUCAGCAGCACUAUCUAGGUGCCUCGUUUUCUGCUCUCGAAGCUGCUAGAGCAUACGACAAGGGUAUUUUGUUUACUCGGUCUUCCACGGAGCAACUAAACUUCGAUCGGAGUAACUACAAGGAAGACAUCCAGAAGAUGAGAGGGAUGAGCUUUCUGGCUUACAGACAGUUCUUGCGUGACACGAGUAGGAAGGCGGAUUGUAUCCUCAUGUGCAAGUCGUCGAAGGGGAUUCUGAUUGAUGCCAAUGGAAAGUGGGAAGUGAAGUACUGCUCGAAAAAUCAUCAGCAUAAAUCCCAAUAUACUCUCGUCGGCUGGUUCGAUACCGAAGAAGAAGCCGUAAGAGCAUACAAUGAAACAGCUUUGCAACACGGUGAUGAAAGAGCCAUUGUUCGAAGUUUUUUCAAGAAAAAAACCGGCUAUGCUAGAGUAGCAAGUCCGACGAGAGAUGAUUCCGGUACGACGAUUGAGAAUACAGAAAGGACUUUAACUUUAGCCCAUCCAGCGUCCAACAAUUCCCACUCUUCAAAGGAGGAAGUGACGAGUGCAUCACAUCCAAGAGCGAGUUGCUGGGAGAGAGCAACAGAUGCCUCUAAACGUGUUGCUUCUGGAUCUAUGGAAGCUUGUGCUCGAGACGACAAGAAUGAUGAUACAGAAAUGCACGAUGCCUCUGUAAACGUUCCAGUUUUACCGCAACAAACGGAUGGUUCGAGCCUCUCAGACCCCGAUGAACUAGAGGGUACACAUCGAGGUACGAUCCUAUCAUCGAAUGGUAGCAAGGGACUGCUUCAGAUGAAUGAUGCAGCAGCUGGUCCUUCAAACAUACCAGAAGAAAUAGAUCCUCCGAAUCCUUCAAAUCCUGCUCCACAUAAGGAUGCACAUCCUUCAAAUCCUGAUCCAUGUGAGGAUGCACAUCGAGAUGAGAUGGGGUCUUUUAGCAGAAGCAGUGGAAUGCUCCAGGAGAACCAUUUACAUAGCUCGAGACCAAAUGACUUCGAACAAAGUCAGCAUCAUGAGGAUGGACGCUCCUGUACAGUCCACAGUGAUGCGGUACUCCUGAACGUCUGUAGGAUGCAAAAUAUUUGGGGUGGUUCGGUACUCAUGAACAUCUAUAGGAUGCAAACUGAAGGGGGUGAUCCGGUAAUCCUGAGCUUCCUGCAACAUGAAGGGUACAAUCAUCUCCAAAUACAAGAAGAAUGUCAGGGUCGUUCACAGUUUACGGAAUCUGAUCGAGCUCUUCAAUGCGUGGAUGGAGAAAGCACACCAUUCAAUUUCUUCCCUGGAGGGACACCUCUAGACUAUUCUCUGGAAGUCCGCACAUUCGAAUUCUUCCCUGCAGAAGCCCUCUCCUCGGAUAACCAAGAUGUCAGUGGCUUAACACAUCUCAAAAGGGAAGGACCUUUUGACAUUGAUCUCACUCUCUGAGAGGACGUCAGAAGGUGACCAUUCCGUACACAAAGUAUCAGUUGUUAAUAUGUUGGAAGGAACGAGUUUACAUAUUAGGAGGAGACGUACUUGUUCCGAGGCCAAAAAACCCAGAAGUCAAUAGUUCGAUGUAUUCCAACUAUUGACUAUUGGUUCAGAUGUAUAUUCCCG